AAUAACUUAAUUCGUCAUAAAAAUUCCGUUUAAAAUUGAAUUGUUAUCAGAAAUCUAAAAAACAAAUUCUUACAAGAGACUAAAAAACUUCUAGAAGAAAGGUGGAGCCUAUAGUCACCUGUUAACCUGUUGCAAGUUCAAGCUUGUCAAUACCGUGCGACAGUUGAGGUUUGUCAUUGAACUAAAAACCAACAUUUCUAAUACUGUGUCUGUGAAUAAGAAACAAAAUUCCAAUUAACUGAAAAAAGAAAUUUCUUUAUAGAAAGCCAUGACGGACAGCAAAGCAAUUGAACGACAUAUCACUAAGAUGGCCGUGUUGGGAGGUCGAUUCCAAUUAGGUGAUUUGUACGACUACCGCAACGACAGCAUUCUAGCAGAUGGCCGAAAGUGUUGGGAAUCGGCUGAAGUAACAUUGGCUACUCGAGUAGACGAUAAAUUCAAGCUGAAAUGUAAGCUCCCAGACUCCGACUCUAAUACCAGCAAGUGGGAAAAUAUGGGUCUGGAUGAGCAUUUGAAAGCAACCGUCCUGGCCGGCCUCAUCAACAAGUACCGUGGCGCGUGUAACUACCUCAACGACAAACCGAAUCCAUCGCAGGUAGCUCGAAUUCUAUUUUUUCGUGUAAAGUCAAGGAAAGAACAUUUGGAUCUACAAACUUUAAUCAAUGAAGACGUUCCGCUUUUUCUUGCCUCCGGAGAAGAAACGAAGAAGAAAUCGGGAUCAGCAGUUCCUACCCACGUCGUCGUUGGAGUCACUUACGGAGCGGAAGCUUAUUGCGUCCUGACUCAGGAUGUUGGCGAAGAAGCAGAUGAAGAUGCUCGUGAAGAAGCCGAAGAGAAAUUGUCCCAAAUAGCGCAGAAAAUGGAAGAAGCGCUCAACGACAAACAAGAGUUAAACGAGUUCAAGGAGCAAUUUGACGAUAAAAAACAGCUGACUCGUGUGAAAUGUCGUCUGUAUGCCGAUCUCCAAUCUUCGGCUGUUCGCGAAUGCAGCGUCUUGGACGCCUACAAGAAUUGCCUGAAACUGAUCGACCAAAUAGAGAAGACGGAAAUCGAAAAAAGCAAAGCGGCUCCCAUUACUGUUCGUCUCUGCCCGCUGAAAUUUCUUAUGGGGAAAACUGGAGGCGUCCCGUUCGAGUACCAAGACGUCGACGACGACCUAAUAGUUCGUUGUGGCCGGAUCUGGGAUGAACUGGAGCGAGUCGGUGCAAAAUUAGAUAGCAUCCGCACGUCCAUCAAAAAAGGCAUCCGCCCCUCUCUGCGCCAAUUUGAAGACGCUCUAGGCAAAUACAAAGAACUCUUGAAGAAAAGUUGGAAAAAUGGUGUCGUGAAAGCGCGUGAAAAUGGCGACGAGAAUGAAAUCGAAAAAGCCGCCAAAAUCGCCGAAACUCAUCCGCUUUUCAAGCCGGCUCGACUGGAGCGAUGGCUGCGAUAUAAACAGGCAGAGUCAGAGAUGGCCGGGAAAAUGACAAGCGUUCCCGGCAUCACUUUCUUCGCCAAUCAAAAAUCACUUGAAAAAGAACUGGCCGAGUCUUUUGACACGAAACACGCACUGGUGUUGAGCGUUCCGCCGCUGGAUGAGAAAACGAACAAGAUUCUCGCCGAUAUGAAAGACUACGUGGAUAACUACACGAAAUUGACAUCAGUAGAACGUGACGAAGACGACACGGAAGAAGAUGAUGAAGAUGACGAAGACGACGAAAAACUUCCUUGGCACAUGAUCCAGCGGAAGCGGAAGCAAGUGCUGGAGAAAAUUCGCGAGUUGGCCGAUCACGUCAAUAAGAAUAAACACUUAAUUGAUCACGUCCACUUCUGUAUCACCUUUGGCAGUGGAAUCGGAUGUCAAUAUUCUGUUUACGAAGCUGCCAAUCUGCUAAAGGGCAAGUUGGGUCGAUUGCCCGGACCUCCCAUGGAUCUGCGGAUCGCUGACGUUCAAGAGAAUCGCAAAAGCAAGAAAUCAACUGUUCGUCUAGAGUGGAACUAUGAAGAUCCUGGGUUUCCUUAUUCUUUUCUGGUUGAGUAUCAAUUGGAUGACAGUUCCACCGAAUCAUGGACGCAGAAGAAAACGACGAAACCGGGAGAAAAUCAUCUGAUACUCAAUAACUUAACCAAACAAAAUGGGACGACGAUUAAAUUCCGAGUGGCGGCCGAUACCUGCAUCGGUCGUAGCGAAUUCAGCGAAAUUAUGGACGAUGAAAUGGCGUCCGCUGACGAAGAUGACGCAACAAACACGGACAGGGAAUCGGUAUGUUCGGCAAGAGAAAUUCCAGCCAUCCGGAAGUCAUUCCAGCAUAACAACCAGCAUCAAAUGAAAAGUGUUCAACCGCCAUUAAUACAGCCGACCAGGAUGGCUAAGAAAGAGAACAACAAGAAAUCCUUUUUACAACCUCCAACUGACGUCGAGGUUGAAUUGGUUACGCAAAGCACAGCAGAAAUUGGAUGGAAGAAUUCCGGCGUUGGAAGUCAACGGUACACUUAUCGCAUUCGGUAUUGGCAGAACGGGCAAGAUGCGUCUUCCGCCGAUGAACUGGGCAUUCCGUCCAAUGAAUCAAGCUGUCGACUGGAGCAACUCGAACCCGAAACGACUUAUUUUGUUAACAUUGUGGUCGUCUCCGAUGAUUUACAGGAGAUCAGUGCGCCCAGCGAUGAAGUGAGCCUGACGACGCUGGCCAAAGAAGUCCGUUUCGCCGAAACGAUUGUAAAGCGCUGCAGAAAAAUCGGCAACCGAAACGGCAUGGAACUUUUUUCUGUUCCUCUUACAAAAGUAACUGGAUCGCGUUCGACGGCCGAUCGUUUCGCUUUCGGAAAAGCCGAUGGGAGGAAAGGUGGAGCCGCCCAGCAGAAAGGAAAGAUUCAGCAUCGAACGAUUUUGGUGAUGGGCGCAACCGGUUCCGGCAAGACAACACUAAUCAAUGGAAUGAUUAAUUAUAUUUUCAACGUCCAAUGGGAGGAUACCUUCCGAUUUCACCUGAUUGAGGAGCAGACGACCGGUCGCUCCCAAGUUGACAGCCAGACCAGCCGUAUCACAGCCUACGACAUCCACCAUGCGGAAGGAUUCAACGUUCCGUAUUCUCUUACAAUCGUUGACACGCCCGGCUACGGUGACACCAAAGGCCUCGACAGGGACCAAGAAAUCACCGAAAUGGUCCGCAAGUUUUUCGAAGACAAGGACGGAAUCCAGGAGCUGGAUGUGAUUGGCUUCGUGGCUCAAGCUUCCCUGCCUCGUUUGACGCCCACUCAAAUCUAUAUAUUUGAUUCGGUGCUUUCCAUCUUUGGCAACGACGUCAAGGAGAACAUCAACUUUUUAUUGACGUUUGCAGACAGCCAAGUUCCGCCCGUCUUGAGCGCAAUUGGUGAAGCGGGCCUACCGUAUCCAACGGACCCCGACACUGGCGAGCCUCUCAAUCACAAAUUUAACAAUUCCGGUUUCUUUUGUUCCAGCCGCGAGUCAGGAAACACAGUCGACAAGUUCAACCGAUUCUUCUGGCGAAUGGGAAUGGAAAAUUUCCAAAAGUUUUUCUCCGUUCUAACCACUAUGAAGACAAAGUCCCUAUCUUUGACCAAGCAAGUGUUGGAAGAGAGGAAACUGCUGGAAGCGACGGUGGAUGGACUUCAACCGCUCAUCAAAAUCGGCUUGUCCAAGAUGGAAGAAAUGCGGAAGACGAAGCAAAUGAUCACAAACAGCCAAGCGCAGAUUGAAGCCAAUGAAAAUGUCGAGUUUGAAGUGGAAGUGACGGUGCCGCAAAAGAUGGAGAUUCCAGCGGGUCGAUACUUAACCAAUUGCAACAAGUGUUACAUCACAUGUCAUAACCCCUGUGGUAUUCCCAACGACGACGGCAAGAUGGACUGCUGGGCCAUGGAUUUCAGUACGCCUAGGGAAACUCGUUCCUGUCGCAUUUGCCCAGAGAAGUGCAUCUGGAACAUGCACGCCAACCAGCCAUACAGUUGGGAAUACGUCAAACAGAAACAAGCCACUUCAUCCGAUGCCAUCAAACAGAAAUACGAGACGGAACUGAAGAGAAAAUUAACUGCCGAGGAGCUAAUCAAAGUGCUACAGAAUGAUCUUGACCAAAACGAGAGGGAAGUAUUGAAGCAUGUAAAUACGGUUUCAAGCUGCAUCCAGCGUCUGGACGAGAUCGCCCUGCGUCCGAAUCCGUUCUCGACACCGCAGUACAUCGACCUCAUCAUCGACGCCGAGCAACAGGAGAAACGCACCGGCUUCAAGGAUCGGAUCGAAAGUUUGAAGAAGCUGCGUCAAAUGGCCGUCAUCACCAGUAAAGUCAAGAACAACGAGUCCCUGUUGAGCUUGGACCGAAAAGACGACCUUGCCGAUCAAUCGGACGAUUACGACGACGAUGAUGACACUUAUAGUAACGCUCGAACGGCCUUUGUAGACGAUGGCGACAAUUACGACGGUGCCUCAUUGACUAGCGCAGCAACAGAUCGUCACAAGUUCCAUACUUCAUUUAUCCGCAAAUAAAAUUACGUUAUCUGUGUACCAAUUACAAGUCAACCAGUGGCUGCGAGUCUAAUUACAUAAUAAUUGAUACUAAUUACAUAAUAAUUGAUACUAAUUACAUUAAUAAUAAUCAAUCAGCAGCUGUGAAUGUAGAUUUACCAAAUUUAUUAUCGACAUUGUUUUUGUUUUUAUUUUUAAAAUGGGAAUUGUAUUUGAAAGUAUUAAUUGAGUUGGAAAAUAAUAAUACAGCUGAGAAUGA